AUGGCGGCUUUGCAGGAAAGAAAACUGCAAGAAGGUCUUCGGUUGUUAAAAGAGGCCGAAAAAUUGUGAGUGAUCCCUUUUUUAUUGAAAGGAUAUGAUAAACAGGGUGAAUCUGUUAUUUCUGUGAUUUAAGCUUUCACCUUGUUUUCGCUCCCCUAAAAUAUUGAAUUGUCGGAAAUGCAUCGGUCCAAGUAUUCAUGAUUGAGAUGGAUGGAUUUUAGACAAGGAGACGAAAAAUAUUUUUUCUUACUCAAUUUAUAGUCAGUCUAAUUUAAAAAUAACUAAUUAAAUUAUACCAGAAACCGAGAAAGUCAAUUUCAAUACCAUCAGUUUAAAAAUUACAAUUAAUAAGAUAUACGCGAUCCUCGCAGCUAUGAACAUUACUGAACUAGUUGUUGAAAUGAGACCUCAGGCCCGUACGGGAUUUGAACAUAUGACCUGUGCGAUACCGGUGCAGUGCUCUACCAACUGAGCUAACAAGCCAACUGGGAGCUGGUCAUAAUGUUGGAUCCAAAUAAACCUUCCAAGUGGUGAAUAAUGACAGGAAAUAUAUGAAAAUCAUAUAUGUGCACUGCAGUGAAGAAAUGAGAUAUAAGCGAUCCUUGCAGCUAUGAACACUUCUGAAUUAGUAGUUGAAAUGAGACCUGAAAAAAAAAAAAAAUAUAUAUAUAUAUAUUAUUUAUAUUUCCAGUCAUUAUUCACCACUUGGAAGGUUUAUUUGGAUCCAACAUUAUGACCAGCUCCCAGUUGGCUUGUUAGCUCAGUUGGUAGAGCACUGCACCGGUAUCGCAGAUGUCAUGGGUUCAAAUCCCAUACAGACCUGAAUUUUUUCAGGUCUCAUUUCAACUAUUAGUUCAGUAAUGUUCAAAGCUGCAAGGAUUGCUUAUAUCUCAUUUCUUCACCGUAGUGCACAUAUAUGAUUUUCAUAUAUUUCUAGCCAUUAAUUAUAAUUAAGUUGGCAAAUUGUUCAGUAAGACUUCGAUCAUCUUUGCAAAGAGACCGUGGUGCCAACAGGCAAGUAAAACACUUGGUGCAUUUGGGAAGCUGCAUUUUCACCAUUCUGUUUUGCAUGGUAAUUGUGGUAGUAGAGACUCUUCAACACUCAAGGACCUUUGAUAUAUUGUCAAAUUAGCAAUAAAAUCUCCUAUCCCUACUCUAAGAUCUGUAAUGGGACAGACAGAAAGAUCUUGUCAACCUAAAAUUUCAUAUCUGGAAUAUGUUGUAGUGAAAAGACCAGUUGGUUAAAAUGGAAACCUGACUGGGACAGUGCAGCAGAUAAAUACAUGAAAGCUGGUGAGUACUUUCCUCUUUUGUAGGUAAACAAGAUGAUUUUUUUAUCUUAGAAUGACAAGGCAGUCUUUCGUCUAAGAGGAGUUACAGUCUUUUACAUCAACAGUAUUGAAGGGUUGAACGACAUGUACCAUUCCUUGCUUUUACCUAGCAAAACUACUGGCAAAGGUCUUGAAGACAGUUGAUUGAAGAACCAGGUGGAAUGAUUCCUUGCUUAUCCUAUUUGUUGUUAAAUGAAGCAAGUUCCUAGAGAUAAAAAAUACAACAUUUCUUUAUUUCAAGGCAUAGUAUUUAAAAAAUGGCAAGGAGUAAAAUUUGCCCAGUAUAUUGAAAUAUAUCAGUUGUCUCAAGGCUUUUGUCAUUAAAAGUUGUUAAUCAAUGAAUUAGUUAGUUUAAUCUUAUUCAUGAUUCAAUUUAUUUUUGAUCUUGCCCUAUCUUGAGUAUUUCUGAUGCUACCAAAUAAUAUUUUCCAGGUUAGUUAUGUUGAUAUAUGAUAAUUGAAUAGAUCCCUGUUGUUGUGCAAUGGUUAAACAUAUUUAUAACAGUGCAGAUUCUUUAGGAGUUUACAUAGUAUAUAUGCACCUUAUUCAAUGAUUUAAGACAUAAUGUAUGUUGAUAAUGUGUGAGUUAGGCAGUAUUUUUUCCAAGCCCCUUGGUAAGAGGAAAAGUACAAGCAGUGAGCAAUGAAAAUGUCUACUUGUAUUACAUGUAAAACCAUGGAAUAAGGGGUUUAUUAUUCCUAUAUUAUCUCAUUUUCUAGUCUUUUGGCUUCUAUUUUUCAAACUUCAUAUGGUCUCAUCUGACCAUUGUACUGAUCACAUAAGGUGUGCGUGAAAGAAGAAAACAACACACAAGAAACCAUGUAUAAAAUAAGUGUUGUUGAUGACCCAAAAAAUACUUAUGGGCUAUAGAGUUUGUUGCUAAAAAAAUCACAUCUAAAAUAGGGAAAAGAAAUCAAUUAUUGCAUGCUUAGUUUCUGUCCAUUUUUCUUUCCCCUGUUCUACAGUGUAUUACCCUGGAACAUUUUGCACAUUCCAUUGCCCUUAUAUGGUAAAAUAACAUAAUAGUAGAAUAAUGAGAUUGAUGGAUUUACUAUUUUAUUUGUGGAAGUUUCUCUUCUGGUAGAAUGUUGAAAUAUGACCUAAGUCAUGAGUCAUCAGAUUACAGUGUGUGUCUGUGAAAGAUACUUAUUUACUCCUUAGAAAGAAAGUGUAUGGUGAAGAGAUAAAUGAAAAGUUGGUAGCAUGCUAAACACUAGUUUCUCAGGAUUUUUUUUAUUAAGCUCAAGCAUUAUUACUCUGUUGUUUGUCUCUUAUGUUUAUAUUUACUCUGUUGUAGCCAAUGUGAAGAAACCAGGACACUACAGAGUGUGUUCUGGUCUCAUAUUAAAUACAUUAUUUUGACCUUUCUGGUAAAAUGAGAUCAUGUUGAAGUAAUAAACUCCCAAAAUUUAUGAGCAACACAUUUCCCUGCAUCCCUUCCACUUUGUUAUAAAUUUUUAGCAAUCUUUGCAUUUCUUUAUCAGGUAUGUGCAAGAUUGAAACCACUGACAAAAAUUUCUUUGAUUUGACAGAGUUUGAUGCUUGCUAAUUUGAUUUAAUAUUUUGUGUUCUUAUAGGAACAUGUUUCAAAACUGCCAAAUCUUAUGACAGAGCUGCUGAUGCAUUCAAGAAAGCUGCUGAUGCCCACUCUAAUUCCAAUGCGUAUCCUUUACUAUCAGAGCCAAUCCAUCGACUCACACUUUAUCUCCUUCACCUUUAAGUAAAUUCUCCCUGUGACUCAUUUUCAAGCAGGCAUGUUCAGAGAAUUGAGAAAUUAAUCAACUAGAGGGUAUAGCAGUGAUAAAACAUUGAAUUACAGGGGAGAAACAUCUGUUGCAUUUUAAUGUCAAGAAUAGUGUUCAAGAAUUGUUGUGCUCUUGUGAAUUUAUGUUGAUUUAAAAAGAAUUUUUGCAUCUGUUCACAGUUGUCCAUUUUUGAAGAUAGUUUGAAGCAAGUAUGUUAUGACUCUGAAGCAAAUUUAGGAUGGGGGGGGGGAUAAAAGAAUUUAUUUGAAGUCAAAUAAGCAUUUCCAGAUCUCAGAUUUCCACAAAGUUGGCUUCACAGUGAGGAUACAUGCUGUUAUUUAACCUUUAAUCUCUGAGAGAGACUAGCAUCUAAUUUCUCCUUUCAAUAUCACCCUUAAUCAAACAUGAGAAUAAAGGAAAUGAUAAUCAACUGAAGAUCCUCUUGAUUGUUAAACAAAUUCUCCUGGCCAGCACAUGAUUAGAAAAUGUAUAGACAACAGUAUGGAGAAUAUGCAUGUUGAUGUUAGGGUGUAAAGAGUUAAGCUUUCAGGGAUUUCUAGACUGAUAUAUCUGACAAACUGCAUCCUCCCUGAUAAGACAUACCUAAAGGUAUCCAAUAAUUCUGAAUACAGCUGUAAUCAUGUAAGAAACAUUUAUUGUUACAGUUGCUGUAACUAUUAAGAGGUAACCAGAGCUAGAUAUACAAAUUUCACAUUAAAAUCCUCAAGUUACAUGAAUUGUAUCCUUUUUAAACUGGUCUAUGAUAGAUGCAGUAUUUCUGUUUUUCUUAACAUGUGUCUCAUAUUUUAGCUUGUUCCAUGCAGCAAAGUAAGUGGAUGCAGAUUGGUAGCAAUCAUUUAACCUUUAACUGUCAAGAUUUGAUUUUUAAUCUCCCCUCCAGCUGCAAGAUAUGUCCUAUAGGCUUGUAAAUUACUUACAAGAGUUUGGUUUUAGAUCUAGGUAAUAACUUCGACCUGAUGAUUUGGGGUUAUUCUCCACUUGUUUGGGGGAUAAUGAAUGGAUAUUUUAGGGAGAAGUUACAUGUAGAUGUUAAUCACUUCUGGGAGUUAAAGGCUGAAGCAAACAUAGUGGAAGGAUUUUCAGGAGCCUGAAUUUUGCAACUGUUUAGAUGUACAGAUGUUUGACUGUGCCUGUUGUUGAAUCCUUUGCAUCCUCACAUCAAUGUGCAUAUUCUCUGUACUGCCCUCUACACAUUUCUUAAGGUGAUGACAAGGAGAAUUUGGUGAAAAAUCAAGAGCUUAAUAUUUAGUUUCUGAUCAUUUCCUUUAUUCUUAUGCCUUUGAUUUGUGAUUUGAUAUUAUAAGGAGAAAGUAAUUGCUAUAGUCACUCAUAGGGGUUAAAGAGUUAGGCAAAGCUACCCAACUCAAAAGUUUUGUUUGCUUUUCAUUUGGGAAAGUUAUUCCACACAUCUAAGAUUCAGAGUUGCUCUCACAGUAAUACUGGUAAUUUAUUUUGUUGAAAAAAAUAUACAAGCAAGCUUUUUAUGCUUUUAAACAUAUACUCUUAAAGCUAGCCUGGUUUCAUGAGUGCAGCUGAUUUGGGGGUACUUAGCACCAGUGAAUAUUUGGUAAAUUCUACAGAGAUGUUAUAAGAUAUCCUUGCUCCUCUUUGCUCUCUCUUGCCCAUAGAGAGUUCUCCACAGCCAAAUUGAUUGAAUUCUUUAAAACGCUUUAUCCUAAUUAUUUAAAGGAACUGACUGGUAUUUUUCUUUAUUCUACUUAAUAGGGCUUUAGAACAAGCUGCUUCAGUACUAAAGGAAAUGAAAAAUGUAACAGAGGCUGUUUCUUUGGUGGAAAGAGCAGUGUAAAUACUUUUCUGUUUCCUUUAUUAUGUCUGUUAAGAAUAUGUAAGAGUUUGUAAUAGAAUUAUCAAGGCAAGGACAAGAACUUUAAAUAAUUAAGAGCAAUUUAAACUUAUUAAUGAGAAUUAAUUUUGUUUGCUUACGAUGCAGCAUGAACGUUUUGUGGGAGUUGUAUUUUGCCAAUUGCUCAUUUUCUCUGCUUUGGUAGAACAUUGAAUGGUUAAUAGAUGAAAACCCUUAAAAAAUAUUCUCUCUCCAUUUAAUGGUUGCUGCUCAAGCAUGGUCACUCAUGGGAGUGAAAGGGUUCAACAGAGACAAAUAUAUCUUUUACCAAUAGUUGAGUAACAGCACACUCUUAUAUUAGACAUUUAAUUGAAUGCCAUUAAAUCUUUGAGGUACAUCAGCAUGUAAUACAUUAAUGCCCAGAAUGAUGGACACCACAAAAAAAAAAUGAAACACAACCCCAACCCCAACCCCAACCCAGAUUUUUAAAAAAUUGUAUUGAAGAUAAUAAUGUUUUUGAGGCAUUUAAUUUUUGCCAGUUUUUUCCUCUUUGAAAGGAUCUCUUUACUGAUUAAGGACAAUUAGUAAAAAAAUUUGGUGCUACAUGUAUGUUUGCUCUGUAAGCUGUUCAGUGAAGUGAUUUUAAACUCACAGUGAAUGGUCCCUACACCAUUCUCCUGCACAUACACAGUGGCUUUUGUCACCUUUUAGUGACUCUCAAAGGCCAGUUUGUAUUGUCUUCCACCAGUAUUUAAUGAUCAUUUAAGGCAGAACCUCUCAAAUAAAACUAAGAAUGAUUUUUCAAGUAACAUUUAAUCCAUGUUUCUCUCUGUAAAUCAAUGUUAGUAGUAUUUUUGAGGGAGUACAUUAAGUGGUCAAUUUUUGGCAACAAAAUGGCAUUUUGUUUGUCAUAUUUAUGUCACUCCUAUUCUGAAGAACUUGUAUUAAGCAGUCACCCUGCCAUUCCCCGUGGGUUACUGCUUAAUACAAGUUUGCUUGUGUUUCAUCUUUUUCCAUAGUUCCUAACACAUUACAGUACUAAUAACUGAUAACUUAUAUUGUAAGGCAGUGAGAUGUACAGACAAAGUGGUAACCCAGAUACAGGGGCUUUUGCCCUCAUCAGAGGAGCCAAGUGAGUCAACCUUUAAAUUUCAGGUAAAAGUUUUCCAUCAAGGUUGAUUAUAGAUUUCUUUUAAAAUCAAAGAAAGGAGACAAAGGAAAGUGUCAAUCAACCCAUGGAAAAAACAUUUUAUCUGAGAUUAAAAUUUACCUACAGUGCAUUACUUGAACAUUGCUUAGUGAUGUAGCCUCAAUACAUUUAUUUAUUUGAACCGUUAUGUGAUAUGUGUUUGUUCUAUGGCAGAUGUUGUCAACUAGAAUCAGACCUGGUAAAAAGUUAAAAUUAUAGACAUCUACAAUAGUUUUUCGGACCUAUAAAAUAUGGAAAAUAAAAAUUAUUCUGGGAGAAAUGGAAAGAAGGCAGGGAAGAGAUUUUUUCCAUGCAAGAUAUUUUUAUUGUACAGUAGAGAGGUACUUGGUUACUCUGAGAAAUGAUUGCUGGUUGGUAAAAUUCCUUUUCAAUAUUUGUGAUUCAAAAUUUUUUAAGUAUAUAAGGUGCCUUCAUCUUAUUCUUUUAACUGACAAGUCCUGUUUUUAAACAUAGUCUUAUUCAGAGAAAAUUGGAAUGGUUUGAAGAAUUCAUACACAAAGUACACGUGGCUUCUUGUGGCUCAUUUAUAUCACCUGGCUAAAUUUUAUUUUGCUGUUUUUAGGAUGUGCGAUAACAGUGAUCCAGCAAAGGCAGCUGAGUUAUACAUCUCAGCCAGUGAAAUGAAUGUUGUAUGUACACCAUACUACAUUUGAUACUAGCAUGCAAAUGCAACAUCUCCAAUCUGACUCUUUUUUACAACUGCUGUUCAGUUUAUCACAAUUAGCCAAAAAUGUAAGCUAGAAGAGUGGUAAUAGACUCAUUUUGAAAUGUGCCUGAAAUGAUAUAAACAUUAUCCAAUGUGAGAGAAGAAAAGUACAUGCAAAUGAUCCAUUGUUGAAGACAGAGUACCAGACACACAUUUACAUCUGUUCUUCUAGUCAUCUGUUAUGAUGAGUCACUACUCUCUCCAACAGUCCUUCUCAGGACCACUCAGACUACAGGAUCAAAUUUUACCUUUUGGUUUAACCAUUUAUUGUAUCCAAGACAUUUUCUUAUUUUAUGUAUGUUGUGUCUUUAUAUCACAGUCUGAAGACAAAGUUAGGGAGGCCAUUGAACCUUUGUCAAAGGCUAUCAACCUUCUUUUAAAACUAAGAAGGUAAUUUUAACUUUUGCACCUAUAGAAGCAUCUUUACCAGCCUUUCAAGAGACUAAACUUCAGUUAUUUACUUCUACAAUUUCAAUUGGUGAUGGAGAAAUACCAGGAUUUAGCAGGGAACUCAAUACAAAGGGGUUCACGACAGAUUGAGGCUUGUUUGUUCUACUUUUGACUAAUUUUUCUGAUUUUUUUUCUUUUGAUACAAUGAUGGUACUGCAUGUUAAUUAUAGUUUUAUCACUUUGUAGGCUGAGAAUGUAAAUUGACAGCAUGGUGUAGGUGUGCAGUAGAUGUGAAGUCAAGACAAAUCUCACUUUUUUCAUUUAGUACUUUCAAGCACUUUUCACUCUGACUUCUCGGUAUUUUGUAGAUUUCCAGAGGCUCUGAAGGUUAUGAGACAACAGAUAAAACUAUAUGAGCAAGUGGAGAACUUUCAAAUGAUGUUCAAGGUAUUCUUUUUUUUCAUUAUAAAUGGGUGUUUAUUUUUUAAUUUUAAAUGUUAUGAACAACCUAGUUCACUCUUAACACCCUUGACACUUCAACCCUUUCACCUCUGAGACUUAAUUGUCAAUUCUCUGCACUGUUUGCCAACAACUCUUAGAUUUUAGACUUAGUGUGGGAGUGUGGGAGUGACUUUUUUACUGUCUUAGGAAUCAGACUACUGUCUUAGGAAUCAGACUACUGUCUUAGGAAUCAAACUAUGCCUGUUUUAUCCUCUUUUUUUCAUUUAUUUUGUGUGUUUGGUGAAACUUUAUCAAGACACAAAAUCUUCUUAACCAUCUGGACAUUCAGGCACCCAUUUCUUUCUAUGCUUCUUGUGUGAGCUGCUUAUUAUUCAUCUCGUGCAUUUUACGUCACGCACAAUUAAUCAAAUUACACCAACCUGUUAUGAUGUAAUCUUUGGCAGCUGUCAUGUUUUUGAUGUAGCACUCAUUUGUUUGUAAAAUGUUCCCAGGUUGUUCUCAGCAUGGUUGUUGUUCAUCUUCAUGAGAGUGACUAUGUAGCUGCAGAUAACUGUUACAAAGAAUCUUUUGAGUAAGUUUGAAAAUUUCCUCUUAGCAUUAGUUUGCUAAGUGAUUUCUUGGAUGAUUUUUUGGCCAAAACAUUACAGUGACAUAUGAGACAUAAUACAUCCAGGGGGUAUGUAUGACUGACUAAUAACCUACUGAAAAGUAACCAAGAUCCAUGAAAAUGAAAUUAUUCCAUGUCCAAGGUUACAAGAUGCUAUCCUAUCCACCUUAUUUUGUCAUAACACCUGAGAUAGUUCAAGAUAUCUUCUAAAGGUCUCUUUAACCCUUUCACUCCCGGAUCUCCUUAAAGUCUUCCAUACAAUUCUUAUGAUGUUAGUUUGGAGAAUUUGGUCAACUUAUUCUGGUAAUCCCCUUACUGACAUUUUUCUUUUUUCUUAUAACUUAUCUGCUCAAUAUUGUAUUAAUAAUGUAAGGGUUAAUGGCUGUUUCUGUUGUUGUGUUUGUUGUUAUUGGUGUUCUAUUGAAUCAUCCAAAAAAACCAAAAUUGACUUGUUACACCUAAGCAUUAAAUUUUGUUGCACUUCCUAUGUGAUUUUAAUGAAAAUUCAAUACAAUUGGAGGAAUGAUAUCGAUAAUUCAGUUAAUACUGAACUGAUUACUAAUAUUCAAAGACCAGCAGUGAAAUUCAAGGCUGAAGGCAAUGAGUCAUAAAACAGACUUUCUCCUAUCUUCAGAAUUCCAGGGUUUGGCAGUUCAGAGGAAGCAGUUGCAGCUGAAAAAGUUUUGAACUGUUUUGAUCAAGGUGAUGCUGAUGGAAUGAAAAGUUGUACAUCACAAGCUCUCUUUACAUACUUAGACAAUGAGGUGAGUUGAAAAUGGCAUUUGAAAAUGUUGAGAGAAAACAGUUCCUUCUUGUCAAAAUAAUUAUGGUUGGCAAAUGCAGGUAGUCCAAGCAGUGGGCUACUUUGAACUAUUCUCCUAAAUAGACACCUCCCUGUUAUUAUUAUGAUUAUUCUUACUGAUAUUAACUUCAUUAUUCAAUCAUAUUUACUGGGCUUAGGACAAACACCUGGUUAUUACCCUAACCCUAACCCUAACCCUAACCCUAAGCAAAUUUAUUUCGUUGUUGAGAUCAUGCCACUGAGCUGACUAGGUAAGCUAUUUACUGGUAACUAUGUCCUUAGUGACAAUAUGAAAUGCUUACAAUAUUGUUAAGUAAUUGUUAUCAUUAUUAUUGUUUAAUUGCUCUGAAUAAAUCAGACCCUGCACAAACUGGGAGACUCCAACAAAAACUGCAUAAGUUGUUUUUUUCACUUCAAUUUUUCCUAUAUUUCCUAAUUAGUCACAUGAACUGAAACUGGUAGCAUCUUCAUCAUUGUCUAUUCCUUUUUCAACAAUAUAAGCUUAUGCACUUACUAUAAGACAAAACAGGAGUACAUUUUAAGUAGACAUAGCACAGUGGUGAAGUUCUUGGGUUUGCUGGACCCUUUAUCCUUGGGCUUAUCCCAGUUUCAUGGGGAUGAGACAACUAUGAAUAUUGCUACCCCUUUUGGGUUGGGGUGCUUAGCUCAUCAAAUUUCCAUUAAUGUCUCUUGGUUCCCAUUUGAUAUACAAGGAUGUAGAGAACAUUCUUAAAGUUCAGUGUUGUGCUUAGAAAAACAACACAAUGAUCCACGGCUUGGACCUGAACAUGCAAUGGCGUUCAGUGUGCUAUUCACAAAACAAACAUUCUCCAACACAUGUAGUUACAAUUUCAAGGCAAAACAUUUCUCACCCUAUAGAUUGCCAAGCUGUCUCGAAGUCUUCGUGUUCCAGGUGACACAGGAGCAAAAGGAUUCACAGAAAAAAGACUUGUUACAAAUUCAAAUGAUGACCAUUUAAAAACUGACCCACAGCUGUCUGCAAACCCAGAAUUAAACUACACAGGUCAAAAAGAGGCAAGCAAUGAACAGGCCAUAAAAGAUGAGCUAGAGGAGGGUGGGCUCUGUUAGGGUUGUGGAGGAAAUAGCCAGAGGAGGUGGGGAACAAUUUCCAAUCAAUAUUUUUGCUCUGGAAAUUAGGAUGUGAAGAUUCCUUGGAAAAAUUACUUGUGUUGAAGCCAAAAGAAACUGUGAGAAUACACUCUUCAAACAAACUUGGUAUCAGGUGCCAAACUCGUAAACACUCUCAGCCUUACUAGCAUAAAUUUUCUUCAUCAUGGAGAUUUCAAACUCAACCAAUUUUUUUUUUUUUUUUUUUUUUUUUUUGGAAAUUGGUAAGGUAGAAAUAAAUUCAGGGCCAACAUAAAUAGUCAGUGAAACUAAGUGCAGGAAAUUUAAAAAAAUAUGUUACCUAUUAAUUUAUAUAGAAAAUGUUGGAAACCUAGAAAUGUGGGUUGCAUGCUGUUGUUUAGGGAACCUAAAACAGACCAAGAACAAUUUGGGAAAAUUCUGCUGGAAAUCAAUUAAUUUUUUUUUAAGGUUCAAAUAAUGCAAACUUUAUCAAUUUCUGAAACCUUUUAUUACCUUAUGUCUUUUAUGACUUUUUUUUUUGUCUAUAAUGAAAAUGUUGGCAAACAAACAAUUUAUAGUGCUAAACUACCAUUAAUUCAAAGCUCUGGCAACUUAAACAAAGUGAUACAUAUAACAUAGAAUUAAACUAUGCACUGCGCACCACUUACCAAGAAAAACUGGGAAAAUGAUCAUGCUUUUCUCUAAUUGGUCCAUUACAACAAUAACUGUGGAGGAAAACACUAGCUGUAUGCUUUUGUAACUAUUUUAGAAAUCAGUAAUUUUCGUUGACUUUUAAAAGCUUUUACUUCAACAAAGUGCAGUGCAGAAUUCCUGUACUGCACUCUGUUACUUAUUUACAUGUAUGGACUCAUUAGUGACCAAUCAAGAGUUUUAUAAUAAACUGAAGAGUUAUUAUAUACUCAAGGUACCAGUUUAGCUGCAUAAUGCAUCCAAAUAAAAUGGCU